UACCUGGUAUGUCUUUCUCAAAUUCAACAAGAACAUAAUCUUCUCCGUUCGGGCAGACAUGUAAUUUGUUGACAUCGUCAUUAUACCCAGUCGAGUUCCCCUUCGUCUGAAAUUCCUUCUCAAUUUGGUCUCGCAAAAGUUGCGAAACCCCAGAAACCUUGACCGUUUUCUUUACGCCGAAGCUUCUUGUACCCAUGAUCGGUUUCUUGCAACUGACAGAUUCGUUAAUAAUUCCGCUAUAUAUUCCAUACAGACAUAUCCAAAGAAGAAAGCGAGACGUGCAAAUUGAGAAAUGAAACUACGAAAGCGUAAUAUAUUCUUGUUUUCCUGGCAAAAUGAAUAUUUGAUAUCACGAUAUAUUGUUUUGAAAAUGAAACUAAAACAAUUUAAAUGCUCGGUAUUUGAUUCAAAUAAAAUCCUAAAUAGGUCCUUUUCGAUAGAUAUUUGCAACGGUAUUAUAGCAUUAAAGUGCACGGAAGUUUAGCCUGAGUAUAUACUCAAAUCAUAAAACAUACAUCACAUCAAAUUCGUUCAUACAGUAUGUUCCAGGAAGACGGAUUCCAUGAAGACGAUAUAAUAAUUAUUCAUGCGUAUCAUGUUGCAAAAAUAUAAACAAAUAUCCGGAUAUUAUCACUUUCGAUUUUAAAAGUGAGCUAUCUAAACCCAGUUAAUGUCGUCAAAGUUUUUGAGCAGAAAUGAAUGUGUCGUACACAUAAUAGUUUCACAGCAGCGUAAGCAGUUAAAUUCGGUAAAGUUUACCUCAUUUAAGCUGUUGAAAGUUAUUCUGACUUGAAUACGUGGAACUAGUCGGCAUAAAAAUGAGUGGCUUGUCUGAUAAUUCUGGGAGUUCGAAUGACGAGGUAUGCUGAAUCUUUGUUGAUUGUCUCCUAUAAAUAUAAAAUUUAGUCUUUUAGAAAGCAGGGACAUUUAAUACUUGGAAAGCAAGAAUGAAUUGCGUUUAUAUAAUCAUGUAUUAAUUAAUUUACGAUAAGGUACAAGACAAAAAGUGCCUUGCAACGCCACUCUCUUGCAGGGUCAUAAUCAGGGCAGGGGAAUACUGAUAUUACAUAUGCAUUUCACAGUAAAAAUCCAACACGCUGAACCUGAAACGUGCUGUCGCUUUUAGUUUACCGAAAUGACUUUUCGAGUCAACUGGGAAUCCAUAUAUCAACGCACGAGAUAUAAAUCUCACGACUUUAUAUAUGAACUGAGCAUUAAUACCUGUACUCUCGCGAUGGCAUAUAGCCACAGUGUUUCUAGCCUGUUGCAGCCUCAAUCCGAAUUUAAUAGAUAUCAAGUGGACUACAGUGUUUCACCUCGACGUUAACUGCCAAUGGAUAGUUUAGCGUGGUUCGCAGAAUAUUCAGGAUCAUAUUAACAAUAUUGAGUUGUCGCCAUAAAUAUAUAAUACCUACUGUAGAGACAGAAUUUUACAAAUUUUGUAUUUUGCAAUUUGACGGGUAAAUUCUUAGUAUGAAACAUAUAGCAAGGCGUGAAAUCACUCUGAUAUAUUACAAUGUAUAUAUACAUCUGAUUCUGAAUAUAUGAUGAAGACACCGCACUGUGUUUGGAAGGGGCAGGGGGGAUGCGGGUGAACUUGGAAGUGGCGGGGGGGGGGGGAACUAAACCUACUGUGUCAAUUACGUUUUUCUUUUACUCAACGGAAAAGAGGAGUGGGGUGAAGCAUGGCUUUCUGGCCCACCUUAUGGGGUGUCAACUGUUUAAAGUGAAAUCCAAUCAGGAAGGUCAUUCAUUUGUCUAAACCAUAACAGCUAUGACUGCUAGUCCCAUGACUGCAGCCGCCUUGCAAUCGCGGUUCUGGUGCGUUUCAACCGCAGAGGGGUUCGUGAUAAGCAUGGGCCUAUAUGUGUAACGCUUUUAGAAUGCAUUAUAAUUAAGCCUUCUAACAAACACCAUAGCAUUUUCUUUUGUGUUGCCCUCAUUACUUCCACUCUACUGUUCAGGAAAUAAAGAAAUUUGCUAUGUUGAAGUGGGAUUGAGACGAGAACACAGUAUCAGAAUAUUUCUGGGUAGACUGUAUGUUUGGUAGCUAAUGCAGCUAGUAUACAUGAUACGUGGUAUCUUUGUUUUAAAUAGUAUGACAGAACAAUUCUGGUUUCUGGUCUUCCUGAAGGAGUGAAAGAAAGCACUGUUCAUAUCCACUUUCAAAAGAAAAAGAAUGGUGGGGGCGAUAUUGAAAAAAUAACAUUACUAGAAGGAGGGAAAGCAAUGGUGGUUUUUGAAAAUGCUAAAGGUUUGUUGAAGUUGGCGAUGUUCCAAAUAAGUUACUUCCUAAUUUCAAGUACGUGUACAGUGGAACCCCGCCUUACGGCCACCCCGUUAAUACGGUCACCUCGAUAAUACGGUCACUUUUUUUGUCCCGGCGAAAUACUAAUAUAUUUUAUAAUAAAGUUACCCGGUUAAUACGGCCACCUCGUUAAUACGGCCAACGGCCAUAUUGUAGAGUCCCGAACUAAAGAAAUCACCCCGUUAAUAAGGUCACUCAAAAAAAUAAAUGUGUUUACGGACGGAAAUGCAGUAUAAUUUAAGACACCUUGUGCAGUGAAACACAAAAUUCAAAUUGCAUCAUAUUACUAAUUUUUUAUUUUUAUUAUCAGUCGCGCAAAGGAAAAGAAAGAAUACAAGAUUCUUUAACGACGUUGUAUUCCCUAACAUUGUUUCUUAAAAUUAGUGAAAACUUUAUCUGAACUUUAUAAUGUUUAGUUAUUAAUUGGUAUUAUGGUGGGGUAUGGUGUUAUUGUGAUUUUCGAAUAGACAUAGCUUUAAUGACGUCACAAUUGAAAUUUGAUCUCACCCCGUUAAUACGGCCACCCCGUUAAUACGGCCAUAUUAUUUCGGCCCGUUGGUGAACGUAUUAACGGGGUUCCACCGUACUUCCAAAUGAUGCGCGGUUCUGAAUCGGAAUUAACUUUGAGUUCAAUGAUAACAUGUAGCUGAGACUGGAAUAUACAAUAUGCAUAUCGAAGUAUUGUUAAACCAUGUUUAAAAGCUGUUUUUCACUUGCAAUUAUAAACAGAAUGGGGGGGGGGGGCGAGUAUGUUCGUCGAAUCAUUGGUUAAUUUUUAUGGUCAUUAGAAUGCUAUUCCCUGCACUAAAAAUGACAAGAUGUAAAGAUGGGAAAGCAUAUGUAUACGCUCUGGGAAUAUGUUUGUUUCUUAACCCUCUGCCUCUGUUCCCCAUACAUUUUUCGUCCGAUUAAAAAGAAUUGAAAAAUAGAAAACAAGUAGUCAGAAAUCUUAUUUCUUGCAUUCAAACAUGCAGAAUUUGAUCAAUAAAAAUCAUUUCCUGAAAUACCGUGAGAUUUGUUAGUCCAACCGUUGAUCAAGCUUCAAAUCACCUUUACAAAUUUCCUUUACAGUAAGUAGACCUUUCUUCAUUUUAAAACUGUCUGUACCAGUGUAGGUAGUACUAGUGUGAACUUGCUGUGCUGAGUGGUUGUAUUACUACCUGAAAAAAAACUAAAAAAAAAAACUCGACGUUUCGAGCGAACGCCCUUCGUCAAGAGUUACAUUAGAUAUAAUAGAACAAUUGCAGUUCUAUUGUACUUAAAUGUAAGACGAAAGGAUGAUUAAAUGGUUGAAUAUUUUUUAAAUGUAUAUUUUAAAACGACCAGUUUCAGGCUCAUGUUAUGACUCAACCAUCCGCAUACGGGGGCUCAAUCCUCCCCCGUGCCCGCCAAAAUCCUGCCCGCUCAAAUCAGCCCCCCCCCCCCAUAAAACUGAGGGCCUGCCUAGCUAGCCAUUUUUGUUUAAAGUAAUCAUGUGUUUAUUGUCUGAUGAUAGCCAGAUAUAUAUUUCUGGUUUAUAUAUUUCUGGUUUUUCUGUUUAUAACAUGUGAAGAUACGUUAAUGCCUGUAAAAUCACCAACGGCUUCAAUUAUGUUCCUAUAGGUGAUUUCAUGGUAAUGACAAUAUCCGCAAAAAUCAUGCUACAAAAAUCAGGACUCGCUUUUAAGGAUUUUCAUUAUAGACAAUUAAAAAUUUAGUUAGAAUCAUUUAGAUUGCAUGAUUUAUGUACUUGUUAGAUAGCCUCAACCAUUGGUCUAAACGGCCCAAAAGUGCCAAAAACUGCGCUUCUGUGACUCCUAAAUUUUAAAAUGUUUACUGAUACUGCACUGACAUAUGCAUUAGUCACAUUUGAAUACCCAGUGCGAUUUUGUGGCUCGAGAUAUGAAGUUAUUGUUCAUGUUACGGUGAAAAUGAAAAGUUAUUGGUUGUUCAAGUUACGGUGAAAGUAAAAAGCUAUUGACCUAUUUGAAACAAAUUUUUGCCUUACAAAGGCACUGAACUAAAACGAAUAUUCAAUAAGCCUUUUCAAAGUUGACGAGUAUUUGAGCUCAAGCUAGUCUGCGUUCUACACGUUGUUGCCCUUGGCUUCGAGGUAAAGUUUGUCCUUGUAAAAAGUCCUUAUUUUAAUGCCUGCGCUGUCCACGCCGUAAAUUGGCGCCAUUUUGUUGGGUUUUUUUUCCAGUGGCAAAGGUAGUUGUCAAUACAGAGCAAAUAUUCAAAGAAAAAGUUUUGGAAGUGAAACGUUUGGGAACCGAAAAUUUGAAAGAGAAUGUGGAAAAAUUAGGAAAUGAAAAAAGAAAAAAGGAAACAAGAAGAGUUUUGGUCUCUGAUCUUCCUGAAGGCACGACAGAAAACCACGUUCAUAUUCACUUUCAAAAGAAGAAAAAUGGCGGAGGGGAAAUUGAAAAAGUAGAAUUGUUGGGGAAAGGAAAAGCAAUCGUCGUUUUCGAGGAAUCUCGAGGUACGUUUUACUGGAGUGCUGCAAGACAAAACAAACGCGACUGUAAGUGCAUAAAAAAUGAAAUAAAAACCAUUAAAGCUUGUAGGUACUGUUGUUUGGUAAUCUCUGAUCCAUAUUAAUUGUUUUAGAAAUAUUUCAAAAUCUUGAUAAUUUGGCCACAAAGAAAAGGUUUCACUACAAAUAAGCUGUAUCAUUUAUCGCAUGCUUGCCCCAAUGGUCUCGUUUUCAUGUGGCCACUUCCUAUAUUUCAUGCACAGUAGUAGACUUUCGCAGUCCUUCAUCUUUGCUUAGAACAAAUAAAUUUUAAAGGAAGUAAUUUCUUUUAAAGUAAAUAAAUUUUAAAGUAAGAGUAAGGAAUUUCUGGAAGUCAAUUACGAGGUCAACUUGUAGCAAGUCUAGCACAGUUGGGUUAAGGAUAGGUUUGUAAUUAGACUCAAAAUCAAAGAGAAAUAUAUUCGUGCACGAAACAUGGGGAUAUGCGGACACAGUUAAUUCGGACACAAUUAAUUUGCAAGAAGAUCAUGAUCAAGCAUUGUUUUCAGAGUAUUCAACCUUUGUCCUGUAUGUAUACACAUAUCAAUAUUGGCUGCAAUUAACCAAUGUACUCCGACAAAUGUUUUUACCAAACGUUUCCUGGUAUGCCGCGUGAUGCGUCAUAGUAUGUCCUGAGUUUUGCCCUGUACGUGUAAACUGCAAAACGGUAACUAACUAAAAAUCCCAGUACUUUUGCUUCUUUUCUAGUGGCUAAACAAGUUAUCACUAAAGAGCAAGAAAUAAAAGGAAACAUUGUCCAUAUUGAACUUAUGGAGACAGAACCACGUGCGAAUGUACAAACAUCAGAAGAAGCUGGAACGUCGGAGCAAGAAUCAGGCACAGUUUUGGUUUCUGGUCUUCCUGAAGGAGUCACAGAAAACGGUGUUCAUAUCCACUUUCAAAAGAAAAAAAAUGGUGGAGGAGAAAUCAAAGAAGUCAUACUUCUGUCUGCAAAGAAGGAAGCUAUUGUUGUUUUUGAAGAUAUGAAAGGUUCUUUUUUUCCUGUUUUUGUCGUAUUAACAGUGUCUAUACCACGUGCAGCCGACAAUAUUAAAAAUAUACAGUGGCUAUAAUUUACCACAUAGAGAAGUAGCAAAUGCAGCCGUCUCCGAGCUUUCUGACUGCAAUCUUCCUUUCCUUUACACAAAGUGUUUUAUAUGGGAAAGAACGGAAUUUCAGAAAGCAACCCCCCCCUCUCCCCGAAAUGCGACCAUAUAUCGGUCGAAAGCGCCUUUGAUCCGGGCUGAAGAUAUAAUGCAGGUCCUGAAUAAUCCUAAUCCGGUCCAUGUGUUCUCAUUGCUUGUUGAUAAGUUGUCAACGACUUACAACAAGGUUAUUGAUUCAAUAGACUGGUUACAACUUACGAGUCGUUCCAAGAACUUGUUAUCGUCGUGCAAUUCAACAACUAGUCAACAAAUUGUGAAUAACAGCAACUUGAAAAACUAACAACUUGUUACAACUUGUUGACAAGCUUGCCACAAGCCUGUUUUUUUUACGUGUGUAGUACAUGUUGUUGUACGUUCUUAAAUCUUUUUGAUUUUUAGUGGCAAAGAAAGUUAUUAAUAAACAACAAGUCUUCAAAGGAAAAGUUUUAGAUGUAAAACUUCAAGACACAGAAACAAACAAUGAAGAGUCAAAAAGAGAAAACAUCGAGAAAUCCAGAACAAUUUUGGUGUCUAACCUUCCUGAAGAAGUGACUGAGAGUGGUGUUCAUAUCCACUUUCAAAAGAAAAAGAAUGGUGGAGGAGAAGUUGAGAAAGUGACAGUUUUACCAGAAGGAAACACAGCUUUGGUCGUGUUUGAAGAUCCUGAAGGUUAGUACUUGUAAAGAAAGUCAUUCCACUAAGAAUGUUUACUUUUGUUUACAAAGAAGUUACUCUUGCGUUUUAAUGAUUCGAGAUGCGCAUUGUCUCUCUGGCUGCUCACAACGUAAACUGACAAAACAAACUAUCCAGAAGAACUGUAGCUACAAUAUUGUGAUCGUUACUCCCACAGUUGAUAAUUCUGGGAACAACAAACCAUCUGUCAAGAUGAACUAUGCGUGUAAAUGUGCCUGCGUAGACAAACUGCGCAGAUUGUUUCUCCUGACGGAAGAUUUGUCUGCAUGGCCCGUUUAUACAGAGACAAAUUUUUCGAAAAUCUACCAUCUUAUCUUUACUCAAGUUCGUCAAGACAGAUGAUCUGUUUGUAAUAUAAAUCUCACCAUGACUUAAGCCCAGAUUAAACUGGGAUGAGGGUGCACGAGUCAUGCGUCGUUGGUUAGCUGUUCUUAAUGCUUUCCCAACACUAUCAUGUAUUUUAUUUAAGUUUAAACACUCAUCAAACUUUUAUUUUGUCAAUGUAGAGCUUGAAAUGUCUCCCUAACAAUUAGUAACUGCCAACUCUCAGUCUCGUUUCACGUAUACCGGGGCUUUAAGCUUCGGUCAUACAAGGAUGAGAGUUGGCAGUCACACAUUAUUACAUGAGACAUGUAAAGCUCUAGAUUAACAAAAUAUAGUUUCGACAAGUGUUCCAACUAUGUUUUAACUGAAAAAGAAUACAUUAUAGUGUUGGAGAAGCAUUAAGAACAGCUAAUCAAAGUUUCGUGAUUGCCAACUCUCAUGCACUUUAAUCCUAGUUUGAUCCGAGCUAUGAGCUUUAUUACUUGGCGGCAGGGAGAGUAGUCACGACACCACAAGCAAUAAAAAGGGAAAUCCUUGCCGCUGUUUGUCUGCACAAAGAAAUGUAUUUAUAAGCGUCCUGUAUAAGCCUGUUUAAGUCUCGUAUACUGUAAGCCUGAAGAAGAGUUGUAACGUUGUUCAAAAACAGCUUUUCCACGCAUGAUACAGGCGUAGGCACGCCUUAUAAACAAGUUGUUAUAAUGGUACAUGUUGUUCCAACAACUUGUUCAAAGCAUGUUACUAGCAAACUUGUUCGAAUGCAUGCUGAAGUACGAUUUUACGUAUGUGGUAAAUGUUCUUGUAUACUGUACUUUCUUAAAUUUGUGUGUUUUUUUAGUUGCGAAAAAAGUUGUUGGUCGAGAACAAGUCUUCAAAGGGAAAGUUUUGAAUAUAAAACUUCAAGAGACAGAAACAAACCCGAACAAUGAAGAGUCAGAAAGAGAAAACGUCGAGAAAGCAAGAACAAUUUUGGUAUCUGGUCUUCCUGAAGGAGUGACUGAAGGUGAUGUUCAUAUCCACUUUCAAAAGAAAAAGAAUGGUGGAGGAGAAGUUGAGAAAGUGACAAUUUUACCAGAAGAGAACACAGCUUUGGUCGUGUUUGAAGAUCCUGAAGGUUAGUACUUGUAAAGAAAGUCAUUCUAAGAAUGUUUACUUUUGUUUACAAAGAAGUUACUCUUGCGUUUCAAUAUGUUCUGUAUCAUUGUAUGUGUGGCCAGAUCGAUCAUUCGAGACGAGCCGGCAUUGUCUCUCUGGCGGCUAAUCACAACAUAAACUGACAAGGCAAACUAUCCAGAAGAACUGUAGCUAAAAUAUUGUGAUCUUUACCGGCACAGUUGAUAAUUCUGGAAACAGACCAUCUGUCAAGACGAACUAUGCUCACACAUUGUUUCUCUUGGCGGAAGAUUUGUCUGCAUGGCGCGUUUAUACAGAGACAAAUUAUUCGAAAAUCUACCAUCUUAUCUUUACUCAAGUUCGUCAAGACAGAUAAUCUGUUUCUAAUAUAAAUCUCACCAUGACUUAAGCCCAGAUCAAACUAGGAUGAGGGUGCAUGAGUCAUGCGUCCUUGGUUAGCUGUUCUUAAUGCUUUCCUAACACUAUCAUGUAUUUUAUUUAAGUUUAAACACUCAUCAAACUUUUAUUUUGUCAAUGUAGAGCUUGAAAUGUCUCCCUAACAAUUAGUAACUGCCAACUCUCAUCAACUCUCAGUCUCGUUUCACGUACCGGGGCUUUAAGCUUCGGUCAUACAAGGAUGAGAGUUGACAGUCACACAUUAUUACAUGAGACAUGUAAUGCUCUAGAUUAACAAAAUAUAGUUUCGACAAGUGUUCCAACUAUGUUUUAACUUAAAAAUAAUAUUGGAGAAACAUUAAGAACAGCUAAUCAAAAUUUCGUGAUUGCCAACUCUCAUGCACUUUAAUCCUAGUUUGAUCCGAGCUAUGAGCUUUAUUACUUGGCGGCAGGGAGAGUAGUCACGACACCACAAGGAAUAAAAAGGGAAAUCCUUGCCGCUGUUUGUCUGCACAAAGAAAUGUAUUUAUAAGCGUCCUGUAUAAGCCCUGUUUAAGUCGUGUGUACUGUAAGCUUGAAGAAGAGUUGUAACAACGUUGUUCAAAAACAGCUUUUCCACGCAUGAUACAGGCGUAGGCACGCCUUAUAAACAAGCUGUUAUAAUGUUAAUGACUCAAUGACCUGGUACAUGUUGUUCCAACAACUUGUUCAAAGCAUGUUACUAGAAAACUUGUCAGAAUGCAUGCUGUAUACGGUACUUUCUUAAAUUUGUAUGUUUUUUUAGUUGCGAAAAAAGUUGUUGAUCGAGAACAAGUCUUCAAAGGGAAAGUUUUGAAUGUAAAACUUAAAGACACAGAAACAAACCCGAACAAUGAAGAGUCAGAAAAAGAAAACGUUGAGAAAUCAAGAACAAUUUUGGUAUCUAACCUUCCCGACGGAGUGACUGAAAGCGGUUUUCAUAUCCAUUUUCAAAAGAAAAAAAAUGGUGGAGGAGAAGUUGAGAAAGUGACAGUUUUACCAGAAGGGAACACAGCUUUGGUCGUGUUUGAAGAUCCUGAAGGUUAGUAGUUCUAAAGAAAGACAUUCCACCAAGAAUUAUGCAUAAAUAUCAGUAUUUUGGUCAUCUCACUCAAAAGAACUAAAUCUUGAAGGGAUUUUGUAGAUGAAAAUUUCGAAUGUAAUAGACCGUCUCCAGUUGUCGAGAUUUAGUUCUACCCGGUGAGAUGCCCGAAAUCCUGAUGGCAUCAACUUAAAAAAAUUACAUGACCUUGCGGUUAGUUAGCUCGACAUCUGGAUCCUGUAUGUAACUCAGUUGGUUAAAGCACUGCACGGGAAUCGCAGGGCCGCAGGUUCGAUUCCUGCCAGAGGGCUAUAAUUGCAUUUUUUCUAUAAAAUUUACACUUGGAAUUUUCAUCUACAGUACAAAAACCCUUGAAUACUAAUGAGAGUUUCUAAUAGAAAUUUGACAAUGAUUUAAUACUUAAUAUAUAUAGACUUUGUUAUUUAGUGGCAGGGAGAAUAGUCACAACACCACAAGAAAUGGAAGGAAAAUCCGUGACCGUUACUUUUCUCCACAAAAAACGUUCACCGGAAAUGAAGACGACACAUGAAGUAAAGACAGCAGCGGAAAUAAAGACGUCGCUGGAAGUAACAACUCCGGAAGUGGUUGGUACGCCGAACACUGGAAAAACUCCAGAGGCAGAACUACAACCAGAAGAAAGACAAAUGGAAGAAAGAACAACUGUCGCAGGGAUAUCAUUAGUAUCAGUGAGUACUAGAAUUGAUUUUUUCUGGACUUAAUAUAUAACUGGAGUAAAACCUUGGGGAAGAUAAUGUCAAGAAAGUGGAUAUUGUGUAUCAGCCCUCUGCGCGGUAUGCAGCCCUCUGCGCAGUAUGCUGUUGCUGUAUAUCGAUAAUCAACAUUAAAUAUCGUGUUUUUAACAAUAUAUCACGAAAAUAUGAAUUUACGCCCGGUAUUCAGUUGGUAGAACAGAUAAACAGUGGAUAUGGCACAGCGCUUGACCGUGCCAAAAGAGUAUCCUUGCAUUUGCAGGUCGGGUUUCAUUUCGUGUCUUGAAGUUCUGACCAAAAAGUUCUAGACAUGGAAAGUUUUAGGUUGACUUUUUCGGAUGAUCGUGCGGUCGUUUGUAUUAAUUUUAUUAAUACUGACUGAAACUGACUUCCAGAAUCGAUCACUUUUCAUACUCAAAUUACAACUUAGAUGGUGAAAGUAAAGCCAAAAAUGACGUUUCCGUUAACAUGAUUGCGGUAAAAGUACGGUUUACAUAAGAAAAUACGACUGCUCUGUUAUAUACAACGUUCACUGAUCCAUUUAUGGCCAUAGCAUAUGGCCAUUCCAAGCCUUGCACAAAAUAGUUAUUUAAAAAAAAAACAAAUUCCGUUCCGGCGUAGGUUUACCCGUUUCUGAUACGGUAAAGUUGUAAUUUUUCUGUAAAUUUUUUCUGUAAAAACUGUAAAUUUUUUCAUUUCAGUAUUUUACAUUAUUUUUGUAUAAUAUCCCCUUUACACCAAUACGUUUUAUAAACCUUUUUCAACAUUGCAGAUCGAUCCAGUGUUUUAUAUGGUGACUGCUACAGUCAAUCCCGUGCUGAUGAACACAGGGACACAAUAUUUCUGGAGCGACGUUUUUAAUAUAAUCCAAAGAACUUGUGGUGUACAUUGCCAAGUUUCAGUCUACGGCGUAAUGGUUUCGGGCAGUCUAAGUCAAGUAACUAAAGCUGGGGAAAUACUUGAACUUAAGUGGAGAAGGCAUUGUCAAGAUUUUCCGUCAACAAACGUCGACCAUGAUAACCUUUCCAACCAACAUGGUACGACUUUUAACCAACAUGGCAUGACUUUGAAUCAAGCUGGUAUGACUUUGAAUCAAGUUGGCACGAAAGUAAACAAUGGCACGAAUUCCAAUCAAAUGCCGGGCAUGAGAUUCCACCAACAUAACACGAAUUUCAGCCAAUGUGACCCGAAAUUCAACCAAAUGGGCUUGCCAUUCAAUCAAAGUAGAACGAAUUUCCACCAACAUGGCACGACUUUCAACCAAGAUGACGCAUAUUUCACCGAACGUGACACCAAUUCCAACCAACGUGACACGACUUCCGAACAAAGUGUAACGAAUUUCAACGAAAGUGGCACGCAUUUGACCGAACGUGACACAGCACGCAAUCAACGUGCCCCGACUUUCAAUCAACAUGGCAAGACUUUCUAUCAGCAUGCCCCGACUUCCAAUCAACAUGGCACGACAAAUUCGACCGGUAGCCCGUUUGAACAAGGGCAAUUCGUGAGCAGUGAACACGCUUUCAACUCAAGACCCGAGAGCCAAUUUUAUCAGCAAAACGUACAUCAGGGAUACCAGCAAUCAGGAUGGACCGACGAAGGGCAUUGGCCAAAUGAGACAGGUCUCGGCUCAGCCAACAGUUAUACAAGGGAUCUUGGAAAUACACGAUACAACCAACAUCCCCUCUCAGAAUAUCCCGAUAUGAGAUCUUUGAACCAACCAUCAGAUGCCAAACAACAUAGAUUUUUAGAGACCACUGCAAAUCCGCAGUCGUUUGGGAAUCGUCCAAAUAUACCGCCAGAAAACAUAUCCCGAUCCCCCUGUGCAGGCGAGACAGACACUCGCAGUGCUGAACCACCAAGAUCAUCAGUUGAUACCAUCAGAAAUCCUCAGCCGUUUGAAAACCCUUCAAACCGGCCACCACCAGGUAACAUCGAUAAAUCCCCAAACUCAAACAUCAUGGAAAAAGAUGAAGCCAGUGGAAGCAAGGCGUCAGACCCUCUUAUUGCUAAACCAGCAACCUCACUAGACAGUACUAAAACUCUGCGGCCAUUACGGCAUGACCAAAAUGGGACAAGCACAAAAUCUAGUGCAGGAACAAAAAACACAACACUAGAAGUGGAUGGUACAUCUUCACCAGGUAAGACCAAAGUAACUGCUACGCCAGAAAGUUCUCUAGACGGUACCACAAGUUACCAGCCACCAGUGAACAACCAACAGAGCACAACCCCAGACCCUUCAACGGGACCAAGUUCAACCACAUCUAGUAACCUGUUUGGGUCACCUUCAGAUGACAAGGAAGAUACCCGUAGUGAAAAGUCAUCACUAGUAUCUCCUAGAAGCACCACAAAUCACCAAACACCAAUAAAGAACCAACACAGCAUAACUCCAAACCCUUCAAUGGGACCAAAAAGCUCAACCACAUCUAGUAACCAGUUUGGGUCACCUUCAAAUCACAAGGAAGAUAACCGUAGUGAAAAGCCACCACCAGUAUCUCCUAGAAGUACCACAAAUCAACAAACACCAGUAAAGAACCAACAAAGCCUAACUCCAAACUCUUCAAUGCUACAAAAAAGCUCAAAUACCAAGACAGAUCCCGGAAGUGAAAGAUCACCAAUCUCAACCAAAAGUGCCACAAACCACCAACUACCAGUCAACGACCAAGAGAGUACAUCACUAAAUACAAUAAAUACUAUAACUGGACAAGAAAACAUAACCACUUCCAAUACCCCACAUGGAUUACUUUCAAAUGAACAGCCAAGUUCUCAUAGCGAUAAACCACCGGGCUUAUCAGAAACAAACAUAAAUCCCCCACCAAAAGGUGAUGACCAACAUAAUAAAUCCCCCACCACCGAACCACAAAACUCAGUCAACUCCAGUAACAAAGUUUUGUCACCUGGAAAUGACCAGCCAAAUGCAAAUAUUGAAAAACGACCACCAGACAGUACAUGUACCACAACCCUCCAGCAAAAAACCAUUGACCAAAAAGGCACAACGAAAAAUCCUAUCAUUAGAUCACCUAACUCAGCCACAUCUGAUGAUAACCAAACUGAAACACCUUCAACUAACACAUCUGAUUCCCUUGGCGAGAAACCAUCUAACCCCACAGAAAAGACCCCAAGUAACCAACCACAACACAACCAACAACAACCAAGCCUUGAACAAAUUUCCUCAACCCUUGAAAUUCCCAACGCCGAGAACUGUCCUAAUAAUUCUCCUGUCUCCAAGCCGGGUGUAACACCACCUAAUUUGACAGAACAAAUUCCAAAUUCCAAGGAUAAAUCUCAGAAGAGAACUCCUAUCCCUCUACCAAGACAGAAUAAACCAGGAACUCGUCAAAAUGCCGCGAAAUUUGCUGUGAAACCGCAACAACCCAGACAAGGGAGUCCCUCGCCAACAAUAGAGCCCAAUAAAACCUGUGUAAAUGAUAAACCUACUACUGCCACAGAACCAAAUAAACCAGAACAAACCGCCACGACAGAUAAUUCUAGGACGUCGAUAACGACAGAUGAACAUAAUGUCACCACGUUGGACGAGGAACUGGACUGAACUGUUGAACAUCAAGAAUUUUAAUAUCUCGAUACUUGUAUUAUGUAUUUGAAGAUAAUUUUUUUACUACGAUAAAUAGUAUAUUGGUGGGUUUCACCAACAGAGACUGUACUGCCCUUGGUGGUCAACUAAUUCCCUCAUAAUAUGUAUUAGACGUGCUGAAAAUCUUCUAGCCUGUGCGCAGACUAUAUAAUGUCAUUAUAUAGUCUGCGCGCAGGCUAAAAAUCUUCCGGAUUUCUAUAGAGCGAGUGGGGACAAUUUUGGGGCGAGCUUUAAAAUUCUUCCCGUCAGCAUUUUUGCGCACCUUUUAAAACUCCUAAAUAAAAACCCCUCUGGGAGGCAGACUUGGAGUAAAUCUAUACACAUACACGCGUAAAAACGAACAACCUGUUCCCGGUUGAUAUCGACAGGCUUAAACAAGGUUGUGCUGCACCCUAAGAACAAGUUGUCAAGUGUCAACAAUGUUGUUACAACAUUGUUCAGUUGUAACAAUGCUGCAACGACAGUGUUGACAACUUGUUCUUAUUAAAGAUAUAAGAGUGUUUCACGAGACGAAGUUGGUAAAUUGUAACUCGUAAAUAUAAUAAUUUUUUAUGUACUAUUUAAAUCACACGUAUGAGUGUUUUA